CGGUCGCUAAGGCAGGAGCGGACGCCUCAGCGCGGGGCAUUGUGGGAAGGAGAGAAGUUGUGUAUUGGCUGUAUCUGGAGGCAGCAUGAAGAGAGUCUUCACCCUGUCGGAGAAGGGCUGGAGCGGCUCGGCUCUGCAGUACAGAUGGCAGAAAGCUCUGGGGAAUUAUCUGGCUGUUGCAGGCCCCGACAACUCGGUCAAGAUAUUCGACCGUCAUGGACAGAAGAUGAACGAACUCAGUCUACCUGGGAGGUGUGUGUCUCUGGACUGGGAUAAGGAUGGGGACAUCUUGGCUGUAAUUGCAGAAAAAUCCAGCUCUAUUCAUCUGUGGGAUGCCAACGUCAAUAAGACUUCACAGCUAGACAGCGGCAUGAGAGAUCAGCUAUCUUUUCUCCUGUGGUCCAAAACUGGCCCGCUAUUGGCCGUUGGUACAUCUAAAGGAAACCUGCUCAUCUACAACCAGCAAACUUCACGCAAGAUACCUGUGCUAGGUAAACACACUAAACGCAUCACCUGCGGGUGCUGGAGUUCUCAGAACCUCUUAGCUCUGGGCAGCGAAGAUCGCAACAUAACGGUCAGCAACCACGAAGGAGACACCAUUCGACAGACCUCGGUUAGGGCAGAUCCUGCUGAUAUUCAGUUCUCUGUGAUGAAGACAGAUGAGAGAUCCUCACCAGGAGAGAGCACUCCAGGGUUUAGUAAGUGCUGCAGUGCUGCAGAAAGGCGGUAUCUGUGGAACAGUCCAGAGGAUGAUGACUCACUCUCUUAUGCGGACGUGGUGAGCGUGGCAGUGGGAAAGAAGACCUUGUUCCUGUUUAACCUGAAUGAUCCUGAUAACCCCAUCGAACUGGCCUUCCAGCAGCGCUACGGCAACAUCAUCUCAUAUCGCUGGUAUGGUGAUGGCUACAUAAUGAUCGGCUUUUCUCACGGCUAUUUUGUGGUCAUCUCCACACACAUUCGUGAGAUUGGGCAGGAGCUUUUCCAGGCCCAUAAUCACAAAGACUCCCUGACCAGCAUCGCCAUUUCUCAGGCUCUCAAUAAAGCUGCAUCCUGUGGAGACAACUGUGUGAAGAUUCAUGAUCUGACUGACCUGAAGGAGAUGGAUGCCAUUGUCACUCUGGAGGAGGAGACUAAAGGAUUGGAUCAGAUCUGCUGGACAGAUGAUGGUCAGUUAUUGGCUAUUUCCUCUCAGCAGGGCAGUCUGCACGUCUAUCUGACCAAACUGCCCAUCCUGGGGGGCAGCUGUGGGACACGCAUUGCUUACCUCACCUCUUUACUGGAGGUCACUGUGACCAAUCAGGUGGAGGGGGAUCCCACCAUGGCCGUUGCAGUGGAGGUGGAGCCAAACUUCAUUGCGGUGGGACCGUAUCACCUCGCUGUGGGGAUGAAUAACAGGGCGUGGUUUUACGCUCUGGGAAACACUGGCGUGGCACGUCUUAAAGAUAUGGAGUAUCUGGGGACAGUGGUCAGCUUGAGUCUGAACUGUGAUUACGCCGCUGCUCUCUUUGAAGGAAAAGUUCAGCUGCAUGCGAUCGAGGACGAAGAUCAGAACGUUGAGGAGGACAGACAGACGAAACUCUUCCCGGAUCCAGACCAGAAGUAUCGCAUCCUCAGCCACGCCCUCACCACAGAGUUCCUGUUCUUUGGAACAGAUACUGGUCUUAUUCAGUGUUUCUAUAUAGAGGACUGGCAGAGUGUUAAUGAGUAUCGCCACCCGGUGGGCAUUCGCAAGGUUUUCCCCGACCCAAAUGGAACACGACUCGUCUUUAUAGAUGACAAGAGCGACGGAUUCCUUUACUGUCCGGUGGACGAUUCCUUGUUUGAGAUUCCAGACUUCUCUCCGAUGAUCACAGGUGUAUUAUGGGAAAACUGGGUGAAUGAUAAGUCCGUGUUUGUGGCGUUUGAUGAGGAUAAAGUCUACACCUACGCAUUCCACAAGGACACCGUACAGGGCUCUAAGGUCAUUCUGGUGGGCUCCACGAAGCUGCCGUUUUCCCAUAAGCCCUUGCUGCUGUAUAAUGGGGAAUUGACUUGUCAGACACAGAGUGGCAAAACCAGCAAUGUUAUUCUGAGCACACACUCGUUCCUCAGCGACACACACGCUGACUCCAGGAAAGAGCAGCUCCAGAGCCUGCUGCAGCAAGCCAUCAAGCUCAAGAGGUUUACUGAGGCUUGGAGUGUGUGCAAGAGUCUAGGCAGUGCUGAUGCGUGGGCGGAGCUUGGAAGGGCGUGUCUCCACCACAUGGAGGUGGAGCUAGCCAUCAGAGUUUACCGCAGCAUGGGCAACGUUGGCAUGGUGCUGUCUCUGGAGGACAUCAAGGGGAUAGAGGACCAGAGUUUGCUGGCAGGACAUUUGGCCAUGUUCCUCAAUGACUAUAACCAAGCACAGGACCUUUACCUGGCCUCGUCUUAUCCUAUGGCAGCACUGGAGAUGAGGAGGGACCUGCAACACUGGGACAGCGCCUUACAGCUGGCUAAGAGACUACGGCCUGAAGAAAUUCCAUUCAUAUCUAAGGAAUACGCCAUUCAGCUGGAGUUUGUUGGUGAUUAUACAAAUGCGCUGGCUCACUAUGAGAAGGGCAUGACUGGAGACAAUAAGUUCCAGGAGCACGAUGAGAGCUGUCAGGCCGGAGUGGCCCGAAUGUCCAUCCGAAUGGGAGACAUCCGCAGAGGCGCCAACCAGGCCAUCAAACACCCAAGCAGAACACUGAAGAAAGAGUGUGGAGCCAUCUUGGAGAGCAUGAAGCAAUACUCAGAGGCUGCUCAGCUGUAUGAGAAAGGCCAGUACUACGACAAAGCUGCUUCUGUCUACAUCCGCUGCAAAAACUGGGCGAAGGUUGGAGAGCUACUACCCCAUGUGAGCUCCCCUAAGAUUCACCUGCAGUACGCCAAGGCCAAGGAGGCGGAUGGGAAGUAUAAAGAAGCUGCGAUGGCCUAUGAGAGCGCUCGGGAUUGGGACAACAUGAUCCGGAUCCUCCUGGAACAUCUGAACAACCCGGAGGAGGCCGUCCGGAUCGUCAGGGAAACUCAGUCCAUUGAUGGAGCCAAGAUGGUAGCCAGGUUUUUCCUGCGUCUGAAUGAUUACGGUUCAGCCAUCCAGUUCCUGGUGAUGUCGCGCUGCAGUGAUGAAGCCUUCCAGCUCGCCCAGCAGCACGGCCAGAUGGAGGUGUACGCCGACAUCAUUGGCUCUGAGGCCACAGCAGAGGAUUAUCAGAGCAUAGCGCUUUAUUUUGAAGGGGAGAAGAAGCACCUGCAUGCUGGGAAAUUUUUCCACAAAUGUGGCCAGUACAGCAGGGCUCUGAAGCACUUUCUGAAGUGCCCCAACACUGAUGAUAAUCUGGCUAUAGAGAUGGCCAUUGAGACGGUAGGAGAAGCCAAAGAUGAGGCUUUGACCAAUCAGCUGAUCGACUAUCUGAUGGGAGAAAGUGAUGGAAUGCCGAAGGAUGCCAAGUAUCUGUUCCGGCUGUAUAUGGCGCUCAAGCAAUACAGGGAGAGUGCGAGGACGGCCAUCAUCAUCGCCAGAGAGGAGCAGUCGGCAGGAAACUACAGGAAUGCUCAUGAUGUCCUGUUUAGUAUGUACAUGGAGCUCCAGACACAGAAGAUUAAAAUUCCAGCAGAGAUGGCCACCAACCUGAUGAUCCUACACAGCUACAUACUAGUCAAGAUCCACGUGAAGAGAGGAGACCAUCUGAAAGGAGCCCGCAUGUUGAUCCGAGUCUCUAACAACAUCAGCAAGUUCCCCUCACACAUUGUCCCCAUCCUGACGUCCGCUGUAAUCGAGUGCCAUCGGGCGGGGCUCAAGAACUCAUCCUUCAGCUUUGCCGCUAUGCUAAUGAGGCCAGAGUACCGCAACAAGAUCGACCCCAAAUAUAAGAAGAAGAUCGAAGCCAUGGUUCGGCGCCCAGACACCUCUGAAGUAGAGGAGGAAAGUUCUCCCUGUCCGUACUGCGGCUUCAGUCUGCCGGAGUGUGAGCUGCUGUGUCCCGGCUGCAAGAACAACCUGCCAUACUGCAUCGCUACGGGUCGUCACAUGGUGAAGGAGGACUGGUGUGUGUGUCCACACUGCGACUUUCCUGCUCUGUACACGCAGUUUACACAGCUUUUGGAGUCCGAGUCCACGUGUCCCAUGUGCUCAGAGAGUCUGAGUGUGAAUCAGCUGCAGAAAAUCUCAGACUGCUCCAGAUUCCUCCAGCAGGACCAACUUGAUCCAUAACACACUUACAUAAAUACACACUUACACACAAACACACACAAACAGGAAUCGAGGGAGUGAGAAGGUAAAGAGUGGUGUGUCUCUCUUUUUACUCACAGUUGACCAGUUCAGACCUUAGCAAGUCUAUAAUAACAUGAUCUUACUUUUCCAAUAUUUACCACCGUUUUACUCAGUUUAAGUCUAUAAAUCAUAAAUGGAGGUUUGAGAGUGUGUGUCUGUGUGUGUGUGUGUGUGUGUGUGUGUGUGUUGGCUUUUACCUUCACAUAUAUAGAGAUGAUUAUAUUGUGAUGUUUCUUAUUGAUUUUUCUAAGGAAAAAACAGAUUUACUUCUAUAUGACUGCAGCUCAGACACUGUUUUUAUAAGUGUAAUACAAGUUGUACAUACCUUUAUUAUAGAGUUUUGUUAUUGUGUUAUUUUCGUUUUUCUAUUUAUCUUAUGAAGAAUAAUAAAAA